CGGGCUGUUUCUCCUUGCCCCCUCCCCGUCUCCAUCGCUCUAGCUGUCCUGUUCUCGGUCUCCCCAGAGACUUGGUGCGGGUCAUCGCUCCGGAACUUCGGUGUCCAGUCCCCGCGCCCAUGGAAGAACCCCUGGCGUCCAGCUCUGACUCCAAGCCGCCCGAGGAGCCGGGGGCCCGGGCAGAGGUCCUGGAAGAAGUGACAUCAUGUUCCUUCAACAAGCCUCUGUUCCAGCAGGAAGACAAGAGAGGGAUUACCUACCGGAUCCCAGCCCUGCUCUACGUGCCCCCUGCCCACACCUUCCUGGCCUUUGCAGAGAAGCGCUCCUCGGGCAGGGAUGAGGAUGCUCUCCAUCUGGUGCUGAGGCGAGGGUUGAGGACUGGGCAUUCAGUGCAGUGGGGGCCCCUUCAGCCGCUGAUGGAAGCCACAUUGCCUGGACAUCGGACCAUGAACCCCUGUCCUGUGUGGGAGCGGAAGAAUGGCCGUGUGUACCUGUUCUUCAUCUGUGUGCAGGGCCGUGUCACCGAGUGUCAACAGAUUGUGUCAGGCAGGAAUGCUGCCCGCCUCUGCUUCAUCUGUAGUCAGGAUGCUGGCUGUUCAUGGAGUGAGGUGACAGACUUGACUGAGGAGGUCAUUGGCUCAGAAGUGAAACACUGGGCCACGUUUGCUGUGGGCCCAGGUCAUGGCAUCCAGCUGCAGUCAGGGAGGCUGGUCAUCCCAGCAUAUGCUUAUUACAUCCCUCAUUGGUUCCUUUGCUUUCGGUUACCAUGCAAAACCCACCCUCAUUCCCUGAUGAUUUACAGUGAUGACCUAGGGAACACAUGGCACCAUGGCAGGCUCAUUAAGCCCAUGGUGACAGUGGAAUGUGAAGUGGCAGAGGUGACUAGGAAGACUGGCCACCCUGUACUCUACUGUAGUGCCCGAACACCCAACAAGUACCGGGCAGAGGCUCUCAGCACUGACUAUGGUGAAUGUUUUCAGAGACAAGUCUUGAACACACGGCUCUGUGAGCCCCCACAUGGCUGUCAGGGUAGUGUGGUGAGUUUCCGGCCUCUGGAAAUCUUAUGCAGGAGCCAGGUCCCUAGUGGCAAAGAUAUUCCAGCCAUUCAACAGAGCCCUCUACUGGAAAGUACUCUAAGACUGAAGGAAGAAGCUAGUACACCAUCGGAGUCAUGGCUCUUGUACUCACACCCAGUCAAUAAAAAACGGAGGCUCAACCUAGGUAUCUACCUUAACCAGAACCCCUUGGACGCAGCCUGCUGGUCCCAGCCCUGGAUCUUGCACUAUGGACCUUCUGGCUACUCUGAUCUGGCUGUUCUGGAGGAGGAGGGCUUGUUUGCAUGUUUGUUUGAAUGUGGGAUCAAGUGGGAAUGUGAGCAGAUUGCCUUCCGCCUGUUUACAAACCGAGAGAUCCUGAGUCACAUGCAGGCAAAUGACACCAGUCCUGGUUGGAACCUGAAUUAAUAAUUGGCAUAUGUUGCAACUUUCUCCGAUAGGGGGUGGCAGCCUCAGUCAGAACAACAGAAGUUACUGAAGCCUACAUAGAAACCAAGAAGUUACUAUUCCGCUCCCUACCUUUUUUUUUUUCCCAUUUCUCCCCCUACAAAGAACAAACUGAAAAAUUUGCCUGAAGUAGCUAGGCAAUGGAAAUGGCACUGAACUGAGAGUUACAAGACCCUGAUGUGGAAAUGGCUCGGGUCUCCAUCUAUAAAAUGAGAGGAUUAGUUCUGUGAUCUUGUCUUCCCAUCUGUACGUAAAAAAGGUAGAGUGGCCAGAUGCUCCAAGUCCUGGAUGCAUAAAGAACUCUAAUCCCAAAGUGGAACUCAGAGGACUUAUCUUUUUUAUUAGUUUGCCCCUCACUGAGUGUCAUAUGUCAUGGCAAGAAGGACGAUCUAGAAGCUGUCUUCCAUUUUUAAGAAGAAAAGUACUCACACCCUCCUCAUCAUGCUCACAACUUUGCAGACACUCUAUCCCAGAAGAAUGAAAUGAAACAGUAGAGUCAUGAGGUCACCUACCUCUCUAGCUUUGCAACUCUGCUCAAACUUCCCUUCCUCAUCCAGAAAGCAGUAUUUCCCAGAAAGAAAAACAAGAAGUUCAAUGCCAGUAGUUCUUGAUAAUGAUACUUAUUGCUUUUGAUGUCAUUACACUGACAUCAGAAUGAGCCUGAAAUUUAUUUAUUAGGAUGGGUCCUAAUGGAAAAAAGACCUGGGUUAGGACUUUGAAACAUUGGAUGAAACUUAUCACAGUCUGUGCCCUCAGCUUGCUCAUAGUUUAAGAGGUUAGAAGAAGGAAAAAGUUCAAGAAAUGUAGUUGGGUAGACAGAUUGUAGAUGUUGGGCUAUACGCUGGAAUGGUGGUAGCCCCUGAUGUCACUGUCUUAGUUGCAUUUUGAGUGUACCUGGAUCCAUCAGUUUGUCCAGAUUGCUGGGUUUUCCCUGCAUCUCUUUUUCUCAGUAUUGUGUCCUGGGCUAGCUACCCCUUUCUCAGCUGAGAAGGUCUUUACCAUUGGGAAGGUCUCUGGGUUCUCAGCCUUCUGAAUCAGUCCUAUUUAUUUGGAACUGCUUGUGAAGUAGGAAAUCCUCUUUGCU